AUGCAUCAGAUGUUAUGGGCCCGUGACCUCCUCGACGACGCACAAGGAAGGACUGCGCUGCUCACAGGGGCAGCCCGUGGAAUAGGCAGCGAAACAGCCUCUCUUCUCAAUAAAAAUGGCAGCAACAUUGUCAUUACCGACCUCCCAUCAGCCGGGCCAGAUGCAGAGGCGCUGAUCCAGUCGAUGCAAUUCCCAGAACGUGCAAUCUUUGUACCAGCCAGUGUGACGGAAUGGAGCCAGCUUGUGCAUGCUUUCAAGGAGGGAAUACGAGUGUUUGGAAGGAUUGAUAUCGUCGUUGCGAAUGCUGGCAUCAUGGAGAGCCGAGCCGUUCUCGAGGUCGAGGCCGAUGCCAAUGGAGAUCCAGCCGUAUCUGAAGAAGCGAGCAAUGUCAUCGAUGUGAACCUCAAAGGAACCCUGGACACAUUACGACUGGGGAUGCAUUAUAUUCGCAAAAAUCCUUUGACAGAACACCACCAUCGCGGAUCGAUUAUUCUUGUAACAUCAACUUCGGGAUAUUUUGGCUUCUCUGGCAACGCCGCUUAUGUUGCUUCAAAGCAUGGGAUUUUGGGCUUACUGCGGGCAGCUCAACCACUCGCCGAAAAGAGUCGCAUCAGAGUGAAUGCCAUUGCUCCGAGCUUCACCCCGACGCGCAUCACAGCUGGCUUUGGUGACCGGUUCGAAAAGGCGGGCGUUGCGAGUAACACUACGGCGCAAGUCGCUGAAGCCAUCUCAUACAUGACUCUGGAUCCCAAUUGCAGUGGCGCAUGUUGUUUGGUUGCGGGCAAAUUCGUUCGAGAACUCGAGCACACGCGGAAGGAGGUAUUGCCAACCUGGUUUGGCGAGGAUCUGCUAGAAGCACUGGCUGGAUUUCGAGCCAUCAUCCAAGAGAUGAAUGGCUAUCCUCUACCUCCUGCUGCCCCUCAGAAUUGA